AUGUUAUCAUCCGUUAAAUCGUCAGUUUUUAUAUUAAUUUGCUUUUUAUGUUUUAAAAAAAAUGCUAUAUGUUCUAUAAAUGAUAACGUAAAUGAAAAUAUAACUGAAACGGUAAAUGAAUAUGAAUUUGGAAAUGAAGACACAAGUAUUAAUGAAAAUGUAAAUGAUAAUGUAACUGAAAAUGAAGAAGAUAAUUUAAUUUAUAAGAAUGAUAAUAACAAUAUUGAAGAGUUAAAAUCCAUGAUUGGAAAUGAUGAAUUACAUAAGAAUUUAAGCAUCCUUGAAAAACUUAUAUUAGAUUCUUUGAAAAAAGAUAAUUUAAAAUUCCCUUUAAUGAAAGAAGGAUUUGAAGAUUAUUUGGAUAUAUCUAAAUUUAAAAAAAAAAUAUUAACCGAUACAGAUGAUAAAACAUAUAUUUUACCAAAAUUGGAAUCUAGUUUUUAUGAUAUUACAAAAUAUGAACACUUAUUAAAAGAACAAUUAAUACAAGAAUAUAACUCAAAAAUAUCUGAUGCAAUAAAAAAAAAAUUACUUAUUGUAAGAACAUUGAAAACUAUAAAAUUAAUGCUCAUACCAUUAAAUGCAUUUAAAGAAAAAAAUGAUUUGAAAAUUGCACUAGAAGAAUUAAAUAAUGUAAUCACGAAUAAAACAAAUGAAACGCUUAGAAAAAGUCCAGUAGAGAAUCCUGGAGAAUUUUUUAAGAAUUUGUUAACUCAUGUUAAAGAAAUUAAAGAAUCAAAAGAAAUAGAAAAUAAGGGAGAAUUUUUAAUUCUAGGAAAUGAUGAAAUUGAAAUAAUGGGUGGGAAUGAUUUUUUUUUUACAACAAAUAGUAAUGUAAAAUUCAUGGAAACAUUGGAUAGUAUAUCAAAUCAAUAUGGAUUGGGUUUAAUUAAUGAUCUGGGUCCUCAUUUAAUAGCCUUAGGACAUUUUAUCGUAUUAAAAUUAGCACUCAAAAAUUAUAAAAAUUAUUUCGAAGCAAAAAAUACAAAAUUUUUUAGUUGGCAAAAAAUUUUAGAAUUCUCCAUGUCUGAUAGAUUUAAAGUUCUCGAUAUGAUGUGUAAUCAUGAUGCUGUAUAUUACUCUGAAAAUAAACGUAGAAAAACGUAUUUAAAGGUCGAUCGAUCACACACAAGUAUGGAAUGUAAUAUUUUGGAAUAUCUAAUACAUUAUUUUAAUAAAUAUCAAUUAGAGAUAAUUAAAACUACUCAUGAUAUAGAUUUUGAAUUAUAUGGUAUGAUGGAACAUCAGCAUAUAAAAGAUUAUUUCUUUUCAUUUAUGUGUAAUGAUCCUAAAGAAUGUAUUAUUUACCAUACGAAUCAAUUUAAAAAAGAAGCAAACGAAGAAAAUACUUUUCCUCAAGAACCCAACCAUGAAAUCAGUGCAUAUAAUAUAUAUUUAAAUUAUUAUUAUUUCAUGAAACGUUAUAGUUCAUAUGGAACAAAAAAAACAUUAUAUGUUCAUUUAUUAAAUUUAACUGGACUUUUAAAUUAUGAUACAAGAGCAUAUGUGACAUCUCUCUAUUUACCAGGAUAUUACAACGUCGUUGAAAUGUCCUUUACAGAAGAUGUUGAGUUCACAACCCUAUUUGAUAAUUUACUAAAAUGUAUUAAAAAGUGUCAUAAAGAAGAAAUCAACACAAAUACUUCAUUGAUUGAAAGUAAUUUAUCACGUAAUUAUUUCUUACAUGAGAUAACAAAGUGUGAUUUAUGUAAAGGGGCAUUUCUAUAUUCAAGCGUGAAAUUUGAGGAAGUACCUUCGAUGAUACAAAAAUUUUAUAUAUAUUUAACUAAAGGUCUAAACAUUCAAAAAGUAUCAUAUUUAAUGAAAACAUUAGAUAUAUAUCAAGAUUACAGCAAUUUUUUAUCUCAUGAUAUAAAUUGGUAUACCUUCUUAUUUUUAUUCAGACUAACAAGUUUUGAAGAAAUUUCAAAAAAAAAUGUAGGUGAAGCCAUGUAUUUAAAUAUACAAGACGAAGAUUCUUUCCAUAAAACCAUUACAACGAAUUAUUGGUUUCCUUCCCCUAUAAAAAAGUAUUAUACUUUAUAUGUUAGAAAACAUCUUCCAAAUAAUUUAUUAGAUGAGUUAGAGAAAUUGAUGAAAAGUAGUACCUUAGAAAAAAUGAAGAAAUCUAUAAAAUUUUUAGUUCAUGUAAAUUCCUUCUUACAGUUAGAUUUUUUUCAUCAACUUAAUGAAGCACCUUUAGGAUUACCACGUUCAUAUCCAUUAUCAUUAAUUCUUGAACAUAAAUUUAAAGUAUGGAUGAAUAGUUCUCCGGCAGGUUUUUAUUUUUUAAAUUAUCAUAAUCCUUAUAUAAGAAAAGAAUUACAUCAUAAAGUACUGACAGAAAAAUUUGAGCCACCCAAAAUGAAUAAAUGGAAUGAGGUUUUGAAGUCAUUAAUAGAAUCUGCAUAUGAUAUGUAUUUUGAACAAAGACAUGUCAGAAAUUUAUAUAAAAAUCAUAAUAUAUAUAAUAUUAAUAAUAAAAUAAUGUUAAUGAGAGAUUCAAUAGAUUUAUAUAGAAAACAUUUCCAGGAUGUUAUAUUUUUUGCUGAUAUAUUUAAUUUAAGAAAAUAUUUAUCAGCUACACCCUUGGUAAAAAAAUCAUGGGAUAGAAUGUAUUAUUUCCUUUAUAGGAUUACUGGAAAUACUGUAAAUAUUUAUAAGUAUGGUAUUAUAUAUGGAUUCAAAAUAAAUAAAGUAUAUUUGAAAGAAGUUGUUGAGGAAUUAUAUUCAAUAUAUAAUUUUAAUACAGAUAUAUUUUCAGAUACGUCUUUCUUACAAACUGUCUAUCUGCUCUUUAGAAAAAUUGAAUAUAGUUACAGCAGGCAAAGAAGAAACGAUCAAAUGAGUGUGAAUAACAUUUUUUUCAUGAAUGUUGCAAAUAAUUAUUCCAAAUUAAACAAUGAAGAAAGAGAAAUGGAAAUACAUAAUUCAAUGGCAUCAAGAUAUUAUUCGAAAACUAUGUUUGCUGCUUUUCAAAUGUUAUUUUCAACUAUGUUAAGUAACGAUGCAAAUAAUCUUGAUAAAAUAUAUGGAAAAAGUAAUAAUAUACAGGUAGCAACAAGUACCACUGCCUUUCUUACGUUUGCUUAUAUAUAUAACGGAAGUAUAAUGGAUAGUUUAACAAAUAGAUUAUUACCACCAUAUGCUAAAAAACCAAUAACACAAUUAAAAUAUGGAAAGACAUUCGUUUUUUCAAAUUAUUUUAUGUUAGCCUCAAAAAUGUAUGAAAUGUUAAAUUAUAAAAAUUUAAGUCUUUUGUGUGAAUACCAAGCUGUAGCUAGUGCCAAUUAUUACUCUGCUAAAAAAUUAGGACAAUUUGUUGGUAGAAAAUAUUUCCCUCUUACUACUUAUUUUCUAUCUAAAAGAAUUCGUGCAUCAUAUGAUUGGGUACAUGGUCCGGAAAAUGCCGGAAGUCAAGAAGGAAGCUCAUCUGCAGGUUCAUCUCCUUCUCAAGGGCGUGGUGGUGCUACUCCUUGGAGAUUUUUCUUUAAUUGGAAAACUGAUGCACCUAUUUAUUUAUUUUUUUACUUUUUCUCUAAUUUAUAUCUUGAUUCUGCAAAAUACUUUCCUGGAGGAUUUUCUACUUCAUUAAAAGAACAAACGGAGCAUAUUUCAGAUAGGGGUUAUAUGAAGAAACCUAUGGUUCAUGAACUUACAAAAAAUUUAAUAUUGGAAAUUACUAAUGGAUAUAUGUAUGCUUUUUCCAUUUAUUCUGUUAUACCAUUAUAUGCAUAUUUUGAAAAUGUGAAUUUUUAUAUUAUAAGUAAUAUCCGUUUUCUGGAUAGAUAUUAUAAUGCAUUUAAUAAAUACUUUAUAAAUUUUUUCAAAACGAAACUUAAAAAAUAUACUACUGAUGUAUUUAUAAAGUACGAAUACGAUGCAUAUACACGUAUGAAGAAAUAUGGUUAUCUUAAUGAAGUAAUUGCAUCUAGAAUUUCCUCCAAGAAUAAAAUAGUGAAAUAUUUGCACGAUAAUAACGAAGAUAUUAUGAAUAAUUUAAGACGAUAUGAUAUGGAAAACAUGUUCAGAAAUAAUAUGUCAACAUAUGUAGAUGAUUAUGCCUUUUUUGAUGAUUGUGGCAAAAAAGAAAUGUUUCUAAAUGACAGAUGUGAUUAUUGUCCUAUUGUUGAAGAUUUAUAUGAACCAGAUACAAAAGAAUUACAACCACACACCAGUGAUAUCCAAAAGGUAACAAAUAAAAAUGAUACAUAUAUUAACUAUGAAAAAUUACAUGAAGAAACAAACUCACAAGAAAUUCAAUCAGAUGAUAACGAUGAUGAAAAGGAUGACGAUUUACCGGAUGAUAAACUGAUGAUUAAAAGAUUAGAAUAA